AAACUGCGGAGCUCUGUUGCUUAGCCAGACACAAGUCGAACAGUUUUCAACAGAACAACUCCGUUGAAAAAUCUUAAAAAAAUGAAAUUCUUCGCCAUCGCCACCUUCGCCGCCAUCCUGGCCUGCGCUUGCGCUGAUGUCUCUGAGCUGGGCUACGCUUACAGCCAACCUGCUGCUAGCGCUCCCGUGAACUCAUACAUCCCACCAGCUGCCAAUGCCCCCAUUCCAUCAUUCGCCCCUGCCCCAGCACCAGUAUACCACCCAGCACCUGCUCCAGUCCACCACCACCACGUUCCUGCUGCCGCUGCUCCAGCUCCAGUCUAUGCCCCUGCUCCAGUCUACCACCCUGCGCCAUCUGCUCCCGUGUCGUCGUACAUCCCACCAGCUGCUACUGCCCCUGAGCCAGUCUUUGCUCCAGCUCCAGCUCCAGUCUAUCACCCAGCACCUGCUGCCGCUGCUCCUGCCCCAGUCUAUGCUCCAGCUCCAGCUCCAGCUCCAGUCUACCACCCAGAACCUGCUGCCGCUGCUCCAGCUCCAGUCUAUGCUCCAGCCCCAGUCUAUGCCGCGCCUGCUCCAGCACCAGUCUACCACCCCGCACCAGCUGCUCCAGCACCAGUCUACCAACCAGCUCCUGCGCGAUCUGCGCCUGCAUCUUCCUACAUUCCACCAGCACCAGCUGCUGCCGCUCCGGAACCAGUUUAUGCUCCUGCUCCGGCACCAGCACCAGCAGUCCCUGCGCCAGUCUACCAGCCAGCGCCUGCACCAUCAGCUCCCGUCUCAUCUUACAUUCCACCUGCACCUGCUGCUGCGGCUCCUGAACCAGUCUACGCUCCUGCUCCUGCACCCGUCUAUCAACCAGCUUCUGCUGCUCCAGCACCCGUCUAUCAAUCAGCUCCUGCUGCUCCAGCAGCCGUAUAUCACCCGGCUCCUGCCCCAUCUGCUCCCGUCUCUUCUUACAUUCCACCUGCCCCACAACCCGCUGCAUCAGAGACCUAUGAGCAACCCGCUGAAGAUGGCUACAGAUACCGCACUGUCCGUCGUCGUGUCUACAAACAGCGUCGUGAUGUGUCAGAGUUGGGUUAUGCCUAUAACCAGCCAGCCGCUAGCGCACCUUCAAGUUCCUACAUUCCACCAGCUGCCAAUGUUCCUCAACCUGCCUAUGCACCAGCUCCUGCGCCAGCCUAUCACCCGGCUCCUGCUCCAGUCUAUCACCCAGCUCCUGCCCCAUCUGCCCCAGUAUCAUCUUAUAUUCCACCUGCACCCGCUGCCGCCGCUCCUGAACCAGUCUAUGCUCCUGCUCCAGCUCCAGUCUAUCAACCAGCUCCUGCUGCUCCAGCACCCGUUUAUCAUCCAGCUCCAGCACCCGUAUAUCACCCGGCUCCUGCCCCAUCUGCUCCCGUCUCUUCUUACAUCCCACCUGCCCCACAGCCCGCUGCUUCUGAGGUCUACGAGCAACCCGCUCAAGAUGGUUACAGAUACCGCACUGUUCACCGCCGCGUCCACAAACAGCGUCGCUUCUAAGUUUGAAAGUGUUUUGAAAUGAACAACAACAACUAUGCCCUGACUAUGAUUCCUCAUGAGA